UGCGGCUUGUCGUUCGGAUUGUUGUGAGGAGAGAGCUGGUUGUGUGUAGUUCUUCCUCAAUGCUGGAUAACGUUUUAUGAAUACUGAGUUAACAGCGUUUAUUUAUUUCAUCUGCUCUCUGCCCGGCGGAUGUUAUGAAGAAAAGGUGAUCUGAGAUGGACGUCGUCAGCGGAUAAAGCGGGAGGAACAUCUUUUCUCCUUUGGUUUCAAACAAAUAAUUUCACGACAUGGCUUCAGAGGAUGAGGUAAAUCUCCUGGUCAUCGUGGUGGACGUAAAUCCCAUCUGGUGGGGUCAGCAGGGUCAGCGCGAGCCAGAGUUCACUUUGUCCAAGUGUAUGGAUGCCAUCAUGGUGAUGGGAAACUCCUACAUGGCGAUGUCGAGGACAAACAAGCUGGCCGUCAUCGCCAGUCACUGCCAAGACAGUCACUUCCUGUAUCCAAGUAAGAGUUGGAAAAGCAGCGACAGUGGUACGGAUGAAGCUUCCUCCAGCCGGGAUGGAAAAUAUGAACUCCUGUCUGUCGCCAACAACCUCAUCACUGAAGAGAUCAGGAAUGUUAUGACAAAAACGGAGGUGACAGGGAAUUCAACCGACACCUUGCUGGCAGGAUCUCUUGCCAAAGCCCUCUGCUAUAUUAACAGAGUCUCAAAAGAGUUAGAAGUUGGACAGGAGCUCAAGUCCAGGAUAUUGGUGAUCAAAGCAGCAGAUGACUGCGCUCUGCAGUACAUGAACUUCAUGAAUGCCAUCUUUGCUGCACAAAAACAGAACAUCCUGAUCGAUGCGUGCGUGCUGGACUCGGACUCGGGGCUCCUUCAGCAGGCUUGUGACAUAACAGGAGGCUUGUACCUGAAGAUACCACAGAAAGUCGCCCUGGCUCAGUAUCUGCUGUGGGUGUUCCUGCCGGACUCGGAGCAGCGCUCCCAGCUGGUGCUGCCGCCGCCGGCUCACGUGGACUACAGGGCCGCCUGCUUCUGCCACCGGAACCUCAUCGAUAUCGGCUACGUCUGCUCGGUUUGUUUGUCGAUAUUCUGCAAAUUCAGUCCAAUCUGCACGACAUGCGAGACGGCCUUUAAAAUCCAGCUACCCCAGAUGGUCAAACCCAAAAAGAAGAAACUGAAGCAAGCUGCUUGAUGACUGUUUUUGUUUCCUUUUUGCGCCGUUUAGUCAAAUCAGUUUAGUUAGAAAAAGAAUAAGCAGCUCCUGCUCCAAAAGCAACACCUCACCUCGUUACCUUAACAUCCUGGGCAAAAUGUCUCUGCUGCACGAGCGAAGAUUUACCAGAGGAUCUUGGUCAAGAGGAAUAUGCGGGAGAUUAUUUUACCUUAAACAUUCAAACUCAUAACUCAACUAUUUAGUGACGAACCUCGGAUAUUUUGCUUUUUUUUUGGGGGGGGGGGGGGGGAUCCAUUAAAACAAUGCAGCUGGGAUGUUUUUUUUGUACAUAAUAAAACUCAUGUUUCUAUAAAA